AUGAUCCGCGCGGGAGUUCUAGACAAAGCUCUGGUGGUGCUCACAUGUGGAUGGAGAACCCCCAACAACUGCGGUCUGGUUCUGCAGGAGGUCAAGUAUUGCAUGGGCUACUGCAGGUUCUUUGCAGUGGCCGCCAUCGCCUUGGCCCGGUUUUGCACCGGAAACGAAGUUCUUCCUCAGAGCCAGGAGCCUCUGGGCUGGGCUGUGGUCGCGAUGCUAGUUGCGGAGAUGAUUGAAGAUCUCGUUUCGUGGGUGCUCGUCAGGAGAGGUUUGCGCGUGCACCCAGAGCCGCGCCAGAUCACAGACGAGGAGGUUGAGAUCCUUGUCAUCAACGAGAUGAAAACCAGUCAGGGCUCCCUUGCCUCACUUAGCCCACCAUUCAAAGCCGUGGUUCCGAGCUAUCACCAGAGAUGA